GUUUAGACCUGAUGUAGUCCUGGUUUAGAACUGAUUCGUAUUUUUUGAUUAUUUUUGAUGGUUGUACUCGCAUUAAACCACAAGAGGGCGCUUUUCUCCAGACGCUAGAGCCAUCAUCAUCGUCAUCACGAAGCCGAAACGAAAGCGAUCCCCAGAACAAGUCCGGCCCUUCACUCCCUUUUUGGGCAGCGGAGAACUUACCAGAGGCGCCGGGCGACUUCCACACUCCCACCCCCCACCACAGGACCCCUCUCCGGGCAGAGCGCAGCACAGCACCUCGGCGUGGGUCGGGGCGUAUAUUUAAACCGAAAAACACCAAGUUAUGUCAGUGAUUACAACAUAACGCCGGGUCCAGGGUUCACGGGUAGAUCCAGGAGCUGAUAGCCGAAGAUAAGAAGAGUUUUCCCGCAGAGACUUUCCUCCAGACGCCGAUAGUUUUAAAGAUGGCUCCUAAAAGUAAGUCGCAGUCGUGGUCCGCUCUGAAGCAGUCUGGAAACGAGUGCUUUAAGACGGGACAGUACGGAGAGGCUACCAACUUCUACAACCAGGCCAUCAAAGAGCUCGAGAAGGCUGCUCAGAAAAACCCAGAAGAUUUAGGGAUUCUGUAUUCAAACCGCGCAGCAAGUUAUUUGAAAGACGGCAACUGCUCCGAAUGUGUUAAAGACUGCACCACAUCUCUGGAGCUGUACCCAUUUAAUGUGAAGUCUCUGCUGCGUCGCGCUGCAGCCUACGAGGGCCUGGAGCGGUACAGACUGGCCUAUGUGGACUACAAAACCGCCCUGCAGGUGGACUGUAACAUCGCAGCGGCUCACGAUGGCACCAACAGGAUGACCAAAGCCUUGACAGAAGCAGACGGGCCUUCAUGGAGAGAGAAACUGCCUCCCAUCCCCACUGUGCCUCUGUCUGUGAGGGAGAAACUGAACCAGCAACCUGCCUCUCCUCAACAAAACAACAAAAAGACCAACAAUCCUGGUCCAAGUGAGAAAGACAAGAAGAAGGCUCUGACCCUGAAGGAGGAGGGGAACGCUCUGGUGAAGAAGGGCGAGCACAAAAAGGCCAUCGACAAAUACACCCAGAGCAUCAAACUCAACCCCAAUGAAGUCACUACAUAUACCAACAGAGCCCUGUGUUAUCUGUCGGUGAAGCAGAACAGAGACGCCGUGAGAGACUGUGACCAGGCCUUAAGCAUGGACUCGUCCAACAUCAAGGCCCUGUACAGACGGGCCCAGGCGCACAAAGAACUACAGAAUCUCAAAUCCUGCAUCGACGACCUGAACAGUUUGCUGAAAAUUGAACCCAAAAACGCUGCGGCGUUCAAGCUGCUCCAGGAAGUGCAGAAGAAGAAGUGAAAGCAGAACCGUCCAAUCAGAGAGGCCCAAACAGUCACAUGGUCCUCUCUCUCUCUCUUUCUCUCUCUAACCUACGCCACAUUCAGUUCAGGAAAUGUUUUAAGGUUUAUUUGAACUUUUUUCAGUAUUUAUGACAAUUGUAUUUAUAAUUAUAAGCUGGAUUUUUGGGGGAAAACUUUCACCAGUUUGCAAAAUCUGUUCAUGUUUAGUUCCGCAGACAGGAGCAUGUUGUGAUGUUGUUUCUUGUUGCUUUUCUCUUCCCAAACCAGUGCAGUUUUAAAGCCUCACCGUGUAACUUUUCAGCCAAAAAACUAAAAGACUAAAAUAAAAAAUGUUGUAGUUGUUUUUUAUGUUUCUAUUGCACUGAAAAACUCGCAUCCUUACACAAAACCUGUCUCUAUUUCCCUACAAAAUUCCACAGUAACGCAUUUUUAUCCCCGUGGAGAAUGUUCCGAAGUGUGGUUUUAACUUUGUUUCCGUUAAAUCCAGCAGGUGAUGUUCCACCGCCCAGAAAGUUACACAGUGUUGCUUUAAAUAAAUAGUAUCAGUGGCAAACAUAUCAAAGAUUUACAUGUACUUUUGAACGCUGUUGAUGUUUUGAACUGUCUGAAAUGAGCUGUGAACCAGAUUUAAACCUAGAUUUUGGAUAAAAACACCAAACGCAACAAUAAUUUUUAAAACCACACCAGAAUUUUAGCUGAAGGUAGCCGAAAAACGUGUCUGAUUCUUUAAUUGGACAGUUUUAUAGGCAGAGGUUAGUCAGGCUGGUGCCGCCUAGUGCCUCCGCUCAAUUUCAUUUCUCUCCAGCGACCAGGUCAGGAAUUGGAAGUUUUAGACCACGCACCGGCCAAUCAGAGAAGAGCUGUGAGGCCAUGACGUCAAACUCAAGCGUCAAACUCAGCACAACAGUAAACAAAGUGGUCGAGAUGGACGUAGACGAAGACGAGACAUUCUGUGCUGGCAACGAUUCCCGAGAUCAAGGAUUUAAAGUCGGAACAAAGAGAAUGUUUGGUGAAUUUUAUCAAGGGGAAAGACGUUAUUGUCCUUCUUCCUACGAGAUUUCGCGCGUUACAUACAUCACGACCAAAUAGCCGGUUAAAUUUUAAAAAAGUACCCGCCUACUGUCGAGUGAAAAAAUUCUGACACUGCAAGGAUGAAUCAAGGUAGUCGGAGGUGGAUAUAGUAGCCAAAUACUGUCCUCAAAUUAAUGUUACUUCAGAAUAAUAUUAGUCAAAAAGAAGUAGCAGCUCAAGAAAUUACUCAAGUGAGGAUAAAAAAAAGUAUUUGGGAGAAGUAUUGCUCAAGUAAGAGUAAUCUAAGCCCUAUUCGCAUGGGAUAAGUACAACCUGGGGGACGUCUGGUAAUUUGCAAAGUCCGGAAAUUACUCUAUUUUACUGACACUGACUGAAAUUGAAAGAGAAAAGAAUGCGUAGAGAAAAGAAAGAGAUAGAAAAGGCGCACAGUUACAACAACAAACACUGAGAUUUGCACGGGACUAGUGUCAUCACCGGACGUCUGUGUUUGGCGAAAUAUAGUAGGUAAUUUGCAGUGAAAUCUUUAUUUUACACAGUCGGCAUCCUUCACAAUUAUUACAAAUCACCAAAAGUCCACAGGUAAAACUAAUCCCGUGCGAAUAAGACUUUAGAGUAACUACCAGGGUGUAACAUCCGAUUUAUGAUUUUAAGUUAAUGUAAUUUUAAAGACAAAAUCUGGUGUUUUCAAAAGGAAAACUGAAAAGAACUAAAUAAUAUCUGAAGGAGCGGUACAAGAAACAUAAACAGAAAUGUAGAAAUAAAAGUAUGCAGCUAGAAAAGUACAAUUUCUGAAAAGAUACUCAAGUAAACAUACUAUUAAUGAGUACUACCCACCUCUGUUCAUAGGACAAUCUGACACAGGCAAAACAUGCAAAGUCUACAAAUACGUACUGUAUUUUUCAGACUAUAAGUUGCUCGGGAGUAUAUGUUGCACCAGCCAAAGCUAUAAGUCUCACUUUUGGGGGGAAAUUUAUUUUAUAAAAUCAGAGACCAGGAACUGACAUUUCAUCUUGAAAAGCAGGUUAUAGUAAAAACAUUAGAACAGAGAACAACAGACUCUUAACGUCACAUAUGAACAGUUCUUCAGAUAAUUAUAACAUAAACAACAGAACAAGUUUAACAAACUCUACAUCUCACUCCAAAUCACUAAAUCUGUUGAAUUGUUCAUCCUUGGUGUCAGUUCUUAGCAACUCUGGAGGUAAACAGAGCACCGCUUCCUCUUCUGUGUAGCUGUCGUCAGACUCAUCAUCAGUUCCAGUUAGAAUUAUUCCGGUCUUUCUGAAUCCCGACAGGAUGGUUUCGGUGUCACUGAAGUCCAGGAUUUGCUGAUUCAUCCAGUGACUCCAGGAAAGUUUCAUGGUACACACCCUCCCUCCCGGUUGUUGUGAAGCUGUGUUCUCCAUCCCCCCUUUCCGCCAGUCCCUCACAAGUUUCUCGCUCACUCCAAACUUUCUUUCUGCUGCUCGAUUACUGUUUUCGGCUGCAUAUUUCACUACUUGCAGCGGGUCAGAGGCUCUUUCUGCAGGAGACAUGCGCAGUAGAGCGAAGUGACAGUGGUACAGGAGGAACAGGAGCAGCAGAUACUGACACACAACACUAGAGCGCCCUCUCGAGGCUGUCAGUGUGAAAAUUUUAAUAUAUAAAUCGCAUCGGAGUGUCGCAGGAAACACCCAAACCAUGAAAAAAGUGAGACUUAUAUUUUGAAAAAUACAUUAGUUGUAGGGGAAUAAAACAUGGGACCACCUUGCCAUUUGUUGCCUCUGUUGUUGCCAGUCCCAAGCCUGUAUAAACCUUAGUAUUACAGUCAGUGGUUUUGCUUGAGACAAUUUUAAAACUAGUGUUAUAAAUUUUUGCUUUUUUUUUUUUUUUUAAACAUAGAAUAACCGGCUUUUAGAAGUUUACAUCACUGGAAAAAAAAAAAAAAAGACAGAAAAUGUGGUUAAAGUAUUCAAAUUAAACAUGCACUGUGUAGUUUUUCUGGUGGAGGUUUCGUCACUCGCUUCUCACCAUGGAGAUGUUGCCUAGAAUGUCCCACAGUAUAGCAUUACUUGUUUAUCUCUAUGGAAACAGCAGUUGACGCCACAGGGCCAAGUUAAACUUAAUAACAGUAGGAAUGCAAGUUUUUUUGGACAAUAAACCCCCCAAAACCACCUCAAAAUUAUUGAGUAAAAGCAAGAUGGAUACAACAAAGCAAUAACAUUUCCAUGGAGACAAGCAGGUGGCCAACCCUCCACCAGAAAAAGUUACACAGUGCACCUUUAACUUAAGGCAUUUGGUGAAAGUUUACCCAGUUUUCGCAAACCUGUGUCUCUGCUCAAUUACGUUUUGCUUUAUUUUGUGCAUGUGUGGGGUCGCUCCUGAGGAAAAUGUGCAUUUAAAAUAAAUGUCAUGCUUUUAUUUUGAAGGCCUCACAUCAGUAGACCUCAAAAUACCUUGUCACUGACUUAUUUUGAAAUGCCCGCCCACUUACCUUACUUUGGAGAGACCUGCUGCCUUCCUGUACAGAAUGUCAUUGUGUUUUUUGUUGAUUUUUGAUCCACUUCAGAACCUCAUGUUUGUAUUUCCAUUUCGCCGACCACGUUUGUCAAACCUGCCUGUUUUCAGCACGAAUAAAGAUCUUCAUGUCAA